AUGGGUUCCGUGGGGCCACAGUUCAAUGUCUUUGAGGGCUUCUACAACACCAUCAAUGGCAAAUUGACUAGCACGGAGCAGACCAGGCACGGCAUCAACCCUGCAACUGGCAAGCCGAAUCCAGAGGUGCCUGUCUCGACGCAGAAGGAUGUCGAUGACGCCGUCGCAGCGGCAAAAGAGGCCUUCAAGUCAUGGUCACAGACCCCUUGGGAGAAGCGCAAGGAAGCUGUGCUCGCCUUCGCCGACGGCCUGGAGAAAUACGAAAAUGAUUUUGGCAAGCUUCUUACUCAGGAGCAAGGAAAACCCCUCCAAUUUGCGAUCGGAGAAGCCAAGACAGGUGUUCACUGGAUGAGAGCUCUAUCGAGGCUAGAAUUGAAGGAGGAGAUUGUCGAGGAGAACGACGCGAAGCAGGUCAUCGUCCGAUAUACCCCUCUGGGAGUCACCGUCGGGAUCGUACCUUGGAACUUCCCCAUCCAUCUUGCCUGUGGUAAGAUCGCUCCCUCCGUCCUUACGGGCAACCCGAUCAUCAUCAAGCCAUCGCCUUUCACACCAUAUUGCGACUUGAAACUUGGUGAGCUCGCUCAACAAUACUUCCCGCCUGGUGUUGUUCAGGUUCUGUCCGGCGAUGACAACCUAGGCCCAUGGCUCACCGCUCACCCGGGACCGGACAAGAUCAGCUUUACUGGCUCUACGUUUACUGGCAAAAAGGUCAUGGAGAGUGCCUCAAAGACCCUGAAGAGGGUCACUCUGGAGCUCGGUGGAAAAGAUCCCGCCAUCGUCACGAAGAACGUGGACAUCCCGACCGUUGCCCAGAAGGUUGCCACGUUUGCCUUCCUCAACUCCGGUCAAAUCUGCUUGGCUGUUAAGCGCAUUUACGUCCAUGAGUCGAUCCACGACGAAUUCCUGAAAGCCAUGGUCGAGUUCACCAAGAACCUCAAAGUUGGUGAUGGUACUGAGGAAGGUGUUUUCUUGGGCCCAAUCCAGAACAAGAUGCAGUACGAAAAAGUCAAGACCUUUUUCAGCGACAUCGAAAAAGAGAAGCAGACUGUCGCUGUCGGCGGCACGAACCCAGAUAAGCCCGGCUAUUUCAUCACCCCCACCAUCAUCGACAAGCCUGCCGACAGCUCCAGAAUCGCCACCGAAGAACCCUUCGGCCCCAUUGUUCCCCUCAUGACCUGGUCUGACGAGGCUGAUGUCGUUGCCCGAGCCAACAACACCAAGAUGGGUCUCGGAGCCUCGGUAUGGGGCAACGAUCUGGAAGAAGCCACCCGGAUUGCUCGACAGCUUCAGGCUGGCUCGGUGUGGGUGAACUCGCACCUUGAACUACAGCCCGACGCCCCCUUCGGAGGUCACAAGGAGAGCGGCAUUGGUUUCGAAUGGGGUCUGGGUGGUCUGAGAUCUUUCUGCAAUGCCCAGAGUUUGUAUAUCAAGAAGACGCCUUAA